AUGGCUGCCAGUUAUAGCAAUGUCCCUGAACCAGGCCUGCUGUCCCAGCAGUACCCUCCAGCUCUACUGCCCAAGCCUGGCAAGGAAAAUGUUAGACUCCAGAAACUACUCAAGAAAACGGAGAAAAAAAUCAAGAAAAAAGCUUCCCCUGAAAUGGCAAAGACACCGGUCCCUUUCCGCUCAAACCUCUCCCCUGUGAAUGAAGCAAGCCCUGACUUGGAGCACAGUGACCACUCAACCCCUCCUAAAACCCCAGAGGCACCCUUCAACACACAGCACCCCAGAUUCGCUGUCAGGCCAGCCUAUCGGCAUGUGCCAUCCCCUUACCCGCAACAACAAGGAGCCACUUUUGGUGGUACUACAAGGUUCUCCCCAAAGCCAUAUGCUGCUCAAGCCCCCACCUUCCCCCAGCAUGUGGCCCCACUCUACACAUUUACUCCAACAGCCCCAUCACCCAUUCCAGGGCCAGUCUCGCAUGCAGUGGCACCCACAACGCCUGUGCCAACUUCCUCUGUGCCUGAAGUGACAAUGACAGCUGCUGCUCAAAUUGCUCCUCCAGUCCCUGCUCCAGUUGCUCUUGUCACAAUCACUUCUGCUGCCACACAACCUACUCUGCGACUAGCCCCAGUAGUAAUACACCGCAAAAGUCCAAGUCCACGGUUUAAAGCUACCGAAGCUACACUAAAAGCACCCAAACCAAUGUUUGAUGUCCGUCAAAUUCGGGUAUAUACUGCAUCUAAGUCCCCCCUGCAUGAUUACACUGGAAAGACAUUUACUGCAGACACAUUACCUCGGAGUAGAACACCCACAUCAGACAUCAGAAGGGUAAUAACACCAACAGCUGAAAUCAGAAGGAGUGCAACACCGGCAUCUGAAGUGAAAAGCAAUUUAACUUCGACAUCAGAAAUCAAAAGGGUUGCAAUGUCUAAAAUGAAUUCAGGUACAACGCCGACAUCGGAAAUCAAAAGAAGUUUAACACCGACACCUGAAGUCAAAAGGAGUGCAACACCUACAUCUGGGGUAAAAAGAGGUUUAACGUCCAGACCUGAAAUCCAAAGGAGUGCAACGCCUACAUCUGAAGUGAAAAGAGCUAAAACGCCAACUCAUGACUUUUUAACACCAAGAACUAAUUUAGGUCGACCUAAGACACCCUCAUAUCAUGUGUCCCGUGCCAAAACACCUGUUAUUGAAAUAUCAAGACCCAACCCACUUUUAUUUGCUGUCUCGCCAAUUACUAUAGAUGCACAUAGAUCUAAAACACCAACACCUGGUUCUAAUUCUGCCAAUCCAUAUUUGUCUGGUUCUCAAAAUCUGCCAACGUCUGAGCCUUCAAAAUCACCAUCAACUAGUCAGGGUGCAAGAACUCCGAAUGGGGAAGUGACAUCAAAAGAGACUCCUACAGCUAAAUCACCUCCUGAAAACACUUCAAAACCAGAGGCUCCUCGACAAAAAGUUCCAAUAGUUGAGUCUACCAGACCAAAGACCCCUACAGCUUCAUUAGGCUAUCAAAGACCAAAGACCCCAACAAAUGUCACACCAACUCCUACAGCACCCUCAUAUCAAAGACCCAAGACUCUAACCAAAGAAACCCUAAAGCCUACAGCACCCUCAUAUGGGUACCAAAGACCCAAUACUCCAACAAUUAUCACACCAAAGCCUACUGCACCCUCCUAUCAAAGACCCAAGACUCCAACAAAAAAAACACUAGAGCCUACAGAACACUCAUAUGGGUACCAAAGACCCAAGACUCCAACCAAAGAAACAUCAAAAUCUACAGCACCCUCAGAUGGGUAUCAAAGGCCCAAGACUCCAACCAAUGAGACACCAAAGCCUACUGCACCCUCCUAUCAAAGACCCAAGACUCCAACAAAAAUAACACUAGAGCCUACAGAACCCUCAUAUGGGUACCAAAGAACCAAGACUCCAACCAAAGAAACAUCAAAAUCUACAGCACCCUCAGAUGGGUAUCAAAGGCCCAAGACUCCAACCAAUGAGACACCAAAGCCUACUGCACCAUCAUAUGGAUAUCAAAUGCCCAAGACACCCUCGAAUGAAGAGCCUAAACCUAUGACUCCAACAAUCGGGUAUCAAAGGUCAACAACACCAGUAGUUGGGUAUCAAAGACCACAACCACCAGCAGGUUAUCAAAGACCAAAGACUCCCACAGCUGGGGUAUCAUCCAUAGGAUUUCAAAGGCCCAAUACACCAACAUAUGUGGCCCCUAAACCAACCCAUACAUAUUAUGGGUUGACUCCUGCUGCAUAUGUUGCCCAUGGUGGAAUCCAACGUUUCUCACCUUCAUUCGGCAUAUCCAGGUCUAAGACGCCGACUCUAGAGGAAUCUAAAACCACAACGCAAGAGUUGGAAGCAUCUAAAAUACCUACCCAAGAGUUACUUGUAAAAACACAUCCUUUGCCCAUGGUGUCCAACCAGGAAGCAUCCUCCAAAGAAAAAAUCACUUUAAAUGAGGCCAUAAUAUCCACGACUCCAGCAGUGAAGCUUCUGCUUCCAAUCAUUGUUGUUACACAAGCUGAAGAUGUCUCAGAACCAAGCGUUUCCACAGCUGUGACCAGCAAAAUGGCAACUCCUGUUCCAGAAACACCAAAGGUUAAAACUGUGGCCAACACAAGACCAUGGGCUAAAUCUCCAACACUUGAGUUUAAGAAACCAGAGGUUAAAACCCCAACUUAUGGAGUCAUCCCAAAACCCAAGACACCCACCACAGAAACCCAACACCCCGUGCCUUCUGCUGGAAACAAAGAUGCCAGCAAGACAAUACCUCCUGUCUCAAAAACAGAAUCUCCUGUGGCUAAAGCCAGGGUACAACAAAAAGAGUUAAAGGAAUCACCAGAGCCUAAAACGCCCACCAAAGCAACCUCUGAGUCUAAACCAGGAGGGACAAAGCCGACUACUUCUUCUUCACUUGGAAAGACCUCAGCUCCUGAGAAGCCUUCGGUGGCUGUUCAGUCUCCGGCUAAACCAAAGGAUAACCAGGAAGCCCAACCUGAAAAGGCGGUAUCAGCUCCAACCGCAGCAUCAACAGAGAAGGAAGAGGGAAAAGACUCUUUCCCAGCAGCUGCACCUCUUCUUAAAGUGAUCCAAAAGCCAAAGGGCAUGAUGAAGUCUAAACUUAGUGGUUGGUCACGGCUCAAGAAGCAUAUGGUGGUGGAAGAAGAACCACCUACGUUCCCAGAAUCAAAUCCUAUGAAAGACACCGCAAAGGGAACUGAGCAGGAGGGAGGUGAAGCGAAAAAGGAUGAAACGGUGUCAUUUAAAGACAUGGUGGCAGCUGUAACAGCUGACGAUCCUCCCAAGGCAGCUAAGAAGUGGGAUUCUCUUCUCUUUGAUAUGUUCUCAUCUAAAGAGAAGAUUAUGCAGGUGAUUGAAGCUAGCAAAAGUGAGGAGGAGAAAAAAGAGCAGCCAAAGGAUGGACCAAAAGAAAUUCCAUCCUUCGCCCAUCGUCUGCCUGUCCUCCUUUUCAGCCCAAAGUUUGAUGCCAAAAGGCUAAGAGAGGCUGCAUCAAGGCCACUUACAAAAAUUUCGACAGUGUUUGAGAUGGGUCUCAUAGGGCGUAAAAAUAAAGAUGAGGAACCAAAAGACUUUAACAGAACAGCUAGAGGGUUCACUUGUCCUUAAACCAUGUCUCUUUGGACUGGUAAAGAUGAAACAGAAGAACCUUUUGAAAAAUUCUGUUACAUUUUUUUGUGUACAGGUGUAGAAAUAGUAGUCAUAAUGUACAGGUCCUGUGUAAUAGUCUCUCUGCUUGACACAGGGUACAAUAUUUAAGACGGUCUCAUAGAGAAUGUGGUCUGAACUUUAUACUUGAGCACUGAUUGUUCUGUUGUCUGACUACGUUAUGGAUGUGUCUGAAUGUCUCUUUCUCUGACAGUAUGAAAAUAUUACCUUGAAAAUCAGAGCAUAAGGAAAAAUAUAUUUUUGUCUUAAAGGAAUUCAGACAUCUCGUGAGAUUAAAAUGUACAAAGA